AAAGAUAGCUACGGCCUACGGAGAGAAAGAAAGCAUUUUUUCUUCUAAAAUUAAUAAUAAAUCAUUUUAUACUGUGUUAUUUGUGUGUGUAUAUAUACAUUGAAUAAAAAAAUUCAAAGAGAAAAGGUGAGAGAGAAAGAUAUCGCCGUCUCAGGCGAAGCAGAGCUUCGAAUCGGCGUAUCGGUUUUGUAUCGGCCUGAUCGGCGUCUGCUCACUCCGAUGAUCACAAGUAUUUUAUAGUUUAGCCUUCUUAAUCAGACUGUUGUACGUUGAUUGUAAUAUCUCGGCUCCUGUAAUCCCCGACCUCUCCGACCGGCCUCGGCGCUUGCAGGCAUACACUCAAGAUGGCACAUUCGUUAUAAGAUUAGGUGGUGUACUCCUGUUUCCUGGUUCUGAUUACUGGCAGCCCAGAGAAGAUUCUUGAUGGCCAUGGCAAUUUUCAGAAGUCCACUUGGCAGGGAGUACCAUGGAAAUAAGAGUAGCAGGCAAGGGAAACCUGUUGGGAGGAGACGUGUUUUUGUGCAGACAGAGACAGGAUGUGUAGUUGGGAUGGAGUUGGACAGGAAUGACAAUGCCCACACAGUGAAAAGAAGGCUACAGAUUGCCCUAAAUGUUCCAACUGAUGAGUGCUCUUUGACGUUUGGCGAUUUGGUAUUGAAAAAUGACCUUACGGCCAUUCGUGAAGACUCUGCGAUUCUUUUCACUAGGAAUCACUUGCACAGAAGCUCAUCAUCUCCCUGUCUCUCACCAUCUCCCUCUGAGACAGAAAUCCAUCACAGAGCAGAUCAAAUCGGCAGGCCCAUUGAGAUAUUGGGGCAGUCCAGCAGUAGCUUUGCUUUAAUGGAACAACUUGUCAACGAAACCGUUGAAGGAAUGAAGGCCGGGAUUGACCCACUACGAGUCAGCAGUGGACUCGGCGGCGCUUAUUAUUUUAGGAACAGCAGAGAGGACAGUGUGGCGAUUGUGAAACCAACCGAUGAAGAACCCUAUGCGCCAAACAAUCCGAAAGGGUUCGUUGGGAAAACUUUAGGACAGCCUGGAUUGAAACGGUCAGUCCGGGUUGGUGAAACGGGUUUCAGAGAAGUCGCUGCUUAUCUUCUGGACCACCACCAUUUUGCCAACGUGCCACCCACCGCACUGGUCAAGAUCACCCACUCUAUAUUCAACGUUAAUGACAGCGUGAAUGGAUCCAAGAAGAACCUGCCCGUAACCAAGAUUGCAUCUUUCCAGCAGUUCAUCUCGCACGAUUUUGAUGCCAGCGACUAUGGAACCUCCGGCUUUCCUGUUUCUUCUGUGCACCGUGUUGGGAUAUUAGACAUAAGGAUCUUCAACACAGAUAGGCAUGGAGGAAAUCUUUUGGUCAGGAAACGCGGACAGUUUGGUCAGGUCGAACUCAUUCCCAUAGAUCAUGGCCUCUGUUUACCCGAAACCCUAGAGGAUCCAUACUUUGAAUGGAUCCAUUGGCCGCAAUCCUCCAUUCCGUUCUCCGAUGAAGAACUCAACUACAUAAACAAGCUUGAUCCUGCCCGUGAUUCUGAGAUGCUCAGAAGAGAGCUCCCAAUGAUCCGUGAAGCUUGCCUUAGGGUUUUGGUCCUCUGCACGGUUUUUCUCAAGGAAGCUGCUACGUACGGGCUCUGCCUGGCAGAGAUAGGCGAGAUGAUGAGCAGAGAGUUUCAUGGAGGUGAUGAAGGACCCAGUGAAUUGGAGACAAUAUGUAUGGAGGCAAGUAAACUGGUGGUUGCUGAGAAGGUGGAGGAGGAGAUUUUAUAUGAUGACGAGAGCAAUAGUUUCCAGUUUGACUUGGAUUUUGAUGAUGGUGGUGGUCGUGGUGGUGGUGAGUGUGAUGCUACUCCUUUUGGUUUUGCAUUUGGAGGGAGGAUGGAGACGCAUGAAGGUUCUAGAAAGAGUAACAUGAAGCUGCAUCGGAAUCUUCUCGGGAGUUCAAAACUGGAAAGGGGGCACACGAUCACGUCAUCUACGUCGCACCGUAGUGCAGACGAGGAGAUACGCCGCAGUGUUGGCUUUGUGAAGCUGGGGGGUAUGAAGGAGGAAGAGUGGGCAAUGUUUUUGGAAAAGUUUCUAGAAGUAGUGCACCCGGCUUUCGCUAAGCGGAGGUCAGUCACCCUUGGUCAGAAGCAGCUUCAUAGGCUCGGGUCUUCUUGCCAGUUUUGACAACCCUCUUUAGAACUUAGAAGCUUUUGUUUUCGCCUGUUUAAGGUGAGGACAUACACAGCUAAACUAAUCAUAGUUAGGGUUCGGUGGUGGCAGGGCUAUCCUUUCAUUCUCGGAGGAGAUUGGUAUAUCGUAAGAGAGGUCGUAGAUAUAAUGGGUUAUAUACUUGUAUUACUUUCUUGUUAGAUGUUACUUUCGCUUUUACAUCAAGUGUUGAUAGAUAUAAAUAACAUGGACUAAUAGUUUGUAACUAUGUAUGGUGGUUUGUGAAAAGAUUAAAAUGAACGAAAAUAAGUAUUCAUUGGUAGAAAAUGUCAGUCUGUAUUUGAUUAGUUGACAAAUUAUUAGUGAUUAAUUAUAAGUCGAAAUGCAAAUUUUCUAUCAGCUUGACA